GUAAGGGGGGUGGAUCCUGCAUAUGGGCCAACUGGAUUUCGGACGGAAAGAGGGCGGGAGGAGCUAUUCAGACGCCCAGCGCGGUUGCUGGGCAGCGCUGGGGGACGAGUUCGCGGCAGGCUGUCAGCACUGCCUGCUUUUCCCAAGCCCCAUAAACGCCUCAGGGCGAACCCCUUCCGAGGAUCAGAAAGCCAUACCCGGCUGGAGGCCAAGGACGGGGACGCGGGAGAAGCCGUAGCCCUUCCCUGCCCUGUCAUGGCCGCGGUAGGAGGCACGGACCCCGGCCGCUGCGUAGCCCUGUGGCUUAAGGCGGACGACCUGCAGUGCCCCAUCUGCUUCUGCCUGCUCAGCAGCCCGGCCACCCUCCCGUGCGGCCACAGCUUCUGCCUGGGCUGCAUCCGGCGGUGGGCGCAAAGCCGGGGGCGCAGCUGCCCCAACUGCGGGCGAGGCUCGCUCAAGAAGCUGCCCGAGCGGACCAUCUUGCUGGAGAGGGUGCUGGAGCAGUAUCGCCGCGCAGCCUCAAACGACGGGCAGCCGGAGGGGCGGUGGCCGCCGCCGUCGCCAUCAUCCCCACCACUCUGGGCCCCAAGCCUCGAGGCGCUGGCCGGGCAGCCCGCCGACGCCGCCGACCGCGGGUUGCAGGAUGUGAUGAAAAUCAGUGAACUUCCUCAGCAAAUAGAAGCAACCUUAAAGGCAAUUGCAAGUUGGAAGAAGGAUGACACUGAAAUGAAGGAACAUGUUUCUCAGAUCAAACGCUCAGUUGUUGAAGUCUUCAGUUUUUUGAAUAACUACAUUAAUGACAGAGAAAAAAUGGUGUUAAAUUUUAUUGACAAAGAGUAUAGAGAAGCUCAGCAGAAAAGAGACUUAACAGAUUAUCAACUUAAAGCAAGAAAUGAACAACUUUUGGAGUUGCAAAUUAACUCUAAAGAAGUAAUAAAGAAUACCUCUUUGGAACAAGAAGUUUGCAUUGAAAAUCCUAUCAAAAUGACUGAUGUUGCUCUCGCUGUUGAGAAAAUUAAAAGUAUUACAUAUGUUGUAGAAGAGUUCAGAAGACAACUGGAAAAGUCAGUGUUGUGGAACCGCCCAGUGAAGCUGCCGCAAGAGUCUACUCUAGGGAAACACCAGAACAAUGAAAUCCAGAAGGAAGCAGAAGUUGAAAUGGCCUCCUCCAGCAUUUCCACACAAAGUCAAGAUUCACUUCAGGAAGCAAGCAGUAGUUCUUCAGCAAUGUCUUCCAUCACAGAGGACGACAUCUUGUCAGUCAACCUUUCCACUUGUGGAACACCACGGGAUUGCUCGCAGCAUGAAAGAAGAAGAAGCAGGCCUGCCAUACACAGGGCAGACUCAAUCAUUUCGAGUCAGUUUUCUCAGUGGGCAGCCAACGUGACGCUUGAUCUCAAGACUCUCAAUGACAGACUAGAACUUUCAGAGGAUAAAAAGAAGGUGACUGUGUCCGAUUGCUUCGUGGGCUAUGAACGUUCUGCUCAGAGGUUCUGCGUUAGCCAGGUGCUGGGCUGCCAGGGUUUCUCGGAUGGGUGCCAUUAUUGGGAAGUGAUCACAGAAGACGCCACUGGCUGGGCCAUUGGUAUUGCCUACAAAGAAAUUGGUAAAAGGGACAAACUGGGGAGAACUGAGCUGUCCUGGUGUGUAGAAUGGUCAGUUGAACGACUCUCAGCAUGGCAUGGGGAUCGAGAAACCCACAUUGGCAACAGGAAACCUCUGCGGGUUGGCGUUUUCCUUGACAUCCCAGAAAGCUGCUUAUCUUUUUAUUCUCUUACAGAUCAGGAGACUUGCUUACAUAAGUUUGAGAUCCAUGUGGCAAAUCCUGUUUAUCCUGCUUUUUGGAUCUUUGGUAUGAAUGCGGGUGAAUGCUUAACAAUAGCAAAAAGUGGCACAUCUCCACUAUAAAUAUCUUAAUUCCAAUGUUUCCUGAAGAACUCUAGCAAUUUUACUUAGGUCAGACGGCUUCCCUGCUUCUAUUUCGUUGUUCCACACUUGGAUCACCUAAGAGAGAACGACACUUAAAUCUAAUAUACUGGGACUGGGGAAACUUUGACCCUCUGGAUGUUUUGGACUUUACUCCCCGAAAGCUUCAGUCAGCAUGACCUAUGGCAAAGGAUUAUGGGAGCUGUAAUAUAGUAAAUCUGGAGGACAAAACAGUUCCCCCAUCUUUUUGCAACUUGUCAAUACAGGAAGGCUAGAAAAUGUAAGGCUGAAAAAAAAAAGAACUUCAAGUUUUGAAUGCAUAAGGGCUUACCAUCUCUUAAAUGUAAUGUAUAGUCCAUCUCAGUAAUUUUUUAAAAAGUAAAUUGCUUAUAUGACUUUCAAAGUUGCACAGUUUCUGGACCGCCUUGCUGGAUUUGAAGGUACAUCACAGUGCUAGA